AUAAAGUGAGUUAAGUGGAUUCUCCAACCAGGACUUUUUUUGACCACAGCCAAGAUGACAGUACAAUUUAAAGAUGCCUUCUGGGGAGUGGACUUCAUCAGUAAUAUUGGGUAUGAGACGAUAAGUCAGAGACUAAAUGAUGGUCGACGGACAUGCAAAGACAUGGAGGAGCUCUUGAAAAUGAGGGCAUCAGCAGAGGAGAAAUAUGGCAAGGAACUAGUCACAAUUGCACGCAAAGCUGGGGGUUUAUAUGAGAUCUGCACUUUGAGAAAAUCUUUUGAUGAAAUGAAAAUACAAAUGGAAAAUGUAGGGAACUUGCACAUUCAGCUUUCUGGUUUACUAAAGGACGAGGUGAAGAGAAUGGAGCAGUUCAGAGAAAGACAGAAAGAACACCGGAAAAAGUAUGAAGUCAUCAUGGAGAAGGACCAGAAGACAAAAGUCUCCAUCUACAAGAAAGCAAUAGAUUCUAAAAGGUCCUAUGAGCAGCGCUGCAAGGAAGCAGAUGAGGCACAGUUUACAGCUGAGAAGUUGGGCAACACUCCCACAGCCACUCCCAAACAGAUCGAGAAGAUGAACAACAAGUCUAAACAGUGCAGGGAAGCUGCAGAAGAGGCUGAGAAACAGUACAUGUCAAACAUUGAACAGCUUGACAAGACUCGACUGGAGUGGGAUACAACACACAUCAACACAUGUGAGGUGUUUCAGCAGCAGGAAGAAGACCGCAUCAGUGUACUGAGGAACGCUCUGUGGGUGCACUGUAACCAGUUAUCAAUGCAGUGUGUGAAAGAUGAUGAGUGCUAUGAUAAUGUGAGGACAUCACUGGAAAAUUGUGACAUCAUCGCAGACAACAGCUGCUUUGUGGAGAUGAAGCACACUGGCUCGACUGCCUCAGCACCUAUUGAAUACCAAAAUUACUACAAGAAAGAAGAUACAGGAGAGAGUAACGGCACUGCUGGAUUCGUAGGAGUGAUAAAAAGGUUUUCAAAUCUUCUGCAGUCAAACUGUUCCAGUGGCUCCAAACUGAGCAUCAAUGAACCUACUGCAGAAACAUCUGAUGGAGUAUACGCCUCCAUUCCUGGAAGUCAGGUGCCCCAGCCGAGCAGUGAGGGGUUCAAGGUCGUGUACGACUAUGAGGCGCAGGGGGACGAUGAGCUCUCUGUGUCUGUCGGCGACGUGGUGGUGGUCAUGGAUCAAGGUGAAGAUGGCUGGUGGAGAGUGAAAAGGAAUGGAGUUACUGGAUUGGUCCCAGGCACGUAUCUUGCUAAAGAAUAAGUUAACCUGAAGCUUCAUGGAGGAUUUUUAAGACUUUUAAAUGUCCUCAUGUUAUAUAUUGUAAAGGCCUUGUCUUUUCAAAUAACGUUAUAGUUUGAUCUUAUCUGUUGUUCUUGUUUGUUUUGCAAGCAUCAUUUAAAUGCGGAAGCCCUGAGAGGCUGGUGAGCAAAAGUAAAUGGCGAUUAAUUUGCUAAGUCUUAUCUCAAAUACCUUUCUCCCCUGUGUUUAUGACUUAAGAACUAGGAAAUGUUUUAUUGGAAGGGUAAUCUUUCUAUGUUGCAAAAAAAAAGUUAUUCUGGGAAACAGAUGUCAGCAUAAUUAGUUUUUGGAGAGUCAAAAUACAUGUUGAAUAUAUUGUGUUUUAGCAAGUUAAGUACCAUCAUGUGUUUCUUGGCUGGACAUGUACUUUAAUCUUCUCAAAUCAGAUGGUUUGAAUUAUGAGUGGUGCACUUCAGCCUCUUGUGGUCAGAAUAAGUAUUAAAACAAGUUAGUUUAAGAAAAUAUUGUUUUCACCUGGCAAAAUAUUUUUUUUAUUUUUACUUGCCUCAAGGUUUUCAAAUUAAAGCCUAUAUGAGUAGGAUUUGAAAAAUGUCCAACUAUAGCACCCCUGGAAGAAUCAUAAAAUACACCGUGGCAGAGUGACCCUGAUAGCAUGUGAAUGAACAGCUGACUGUAGCAGUUUUGACUUUCUUAUGAACCCUAUGUCUUUAGAUCAUUUGAGCUGUCACAUAACAAUCUUACAGAAAGGAAAUGUCACAAAGUAGCAUGAGACAGUGUUGAAAGAUGAAUUAUUUAUUGCUAUGGCACAUAUUCAUAUUACUUUGCCCUUACUGCUGGUCUGUUGAGAGCCCGUCAUACCAAGGACAGCUGGAGAUGAAGUGAUCUGUUGCACAAGGUCACUGCACUUAGUUUAUUAAUAUACUGUGGUAUUCUCGUCAGUCCUAAAUAUUAAGCAGAAUGUUAGAUUUCUCUUGUUGGCAUGUAUAUAUUUCCUGUGUGUAGUUAUUUUUUCUAUUCUGAAUGUUAAAGAGAAUAAUUGUUUGAA